GACCCAAGGAGGGGCAGCAGAGUGAAGCCUCUCACGCACGACGAGAGGGCUGCUGCUCGCCCUGCCUGGACGCCCUACCCUGUCCGCUUCCUCCUCUCCACCUCCCUUGUGAGUGCUUCCUCCUCUCCACCUCCCUCGUGGCGGAGAUGCGGGGGAGCAUGGCAGUGCUGUCAGACAGCACUAUAGGCACCACCAUCCUGCUGGCUCUCCCCCUCUCUGCACCUAAUCCCCCAACUAAACCCCUCCUUCCCACCUCUCCUCACUGCUCCCCACUCCUCCCCCAGGUGGCGGAGAUGCGGGGGAGCAUGGCAGUGCUGUCAGACAGCGCCAUCGGCACCACCAUCCUGCUGGCGCUGCCCCUCGCUGCCCCGCCUCCCCCAACCGAACCCGGGAGCAGCAGCUGCAGGAGAGGGGAGGGGCGUGAGGGGCAUCCAAUAACCCCUUCUAGCCCGGUGGCCCCUCUAAGCCCGGUAAGCCUGCGGCUGCAGACAAUGCCACAGCUGGCGCUCCCCUCAGCGCGGGGCAGCAUCGGCAGCAUCGGGAGCAGCUUGGGAGGGAGCGGCAGGGGAGGGAGCAGCAGGGGGGGCGUUGGGGGGAUCUUGGGCGGCGAUGGCUACGGGGCUCACGUGCUGCUGCUGGCCUCGGGAGAGCACGCCUUGCAAGCUGUCUCCUCGCCAACCUCUGCUGCGUCACCCAUCCACCUGCUGCUGCUAGACUUGCACAUGCCUCCUGGCAUUGAUGGAUUCGAGACGGCUCGGAGAAUCCGGCGCAUGGAGAGCGAGCUGCUGGCAGCAGCAGAGCGGCAGCUUCCGAGCGUGGCGGAAGCAACGGCAGCCGAUGAGGCAGAAGCAACAGCAGCAAAUGAGGCAGCGAACGAAUUCACAUUCCACACGCCUCGAGAGUCAACACCAGCCGACUGUUCCGACAGUGAUUUUUCUUUCCAGACUCCUCAAGAAUCAACAGCAGCGAACAAGGCAGAGGAAGAAGAAUUGGGGGGUUCAGCAAAGAGCUUUCCUCAGAGGCUGUGCAUCAUAGCGUUGACUGCAGAUCUGGAUGUUGGGGUGAAGCGAGCGUGCUUUGAGGCGGGGAUGGAUGGAGCCGUGCGCAAGCCGAUCGUGGCUCAUGAGCUGCUUGAUGCGCUCAUACAUGCGGGGUUUGUAGCUGUUGAGACAGACGAUGAGUUUUGUGUCGACUGA